AUGAGCUACGUCGAUUCUCACUUUUCUGAUGACGGUUGGCCGUUACCGUACGACUUUGAUCGCAUCUUACACAGUUACGAAGAGAUCUAUGAAGAAGUCGCUGCGAGGCCUAUAGAAGACGAAAUCGGAGAGGCUCCCGUCCAUUUUUUCGAUUAUGACGAAUUGACAAGUAAGCCAAGAUUCUUUACGCCACCACUGCAGUAUCAGCGUAACAGCUUUGUUCGGGACGUCUUGUCUAACUACACUGAAAGAACAAAGAAGAAAAUUAAGAAGUUGGCGGUGCUCGGAUGUGGCGCGCUAUCACUGGAACGGUUUUUGAUGCUAGAUUUUGGGAGCAUGGGAGUUGAACGUGUAGUUUCUGUGGACAUCAGUGCGCAAGAACUUGCCAAAGGACUGAAAUUCCUCAACAUUGUGGAAAAUCAGAAUGAGAACAUUAUAUGCAAUACGAACGCGCUCCCGGUUCUGUUCGAAGUUUAUCGAGGCGACAUAUUAGAGUAUGAUGAACGUCUGGCCGGUACUUCAUGUGUGUGUUCCACUGAAGUGAUAGAACACAUUUCACAAGAAGAUGCUACACGAUAUGUACGUUCUGUUCUCUUAACCAUACAACCGCAGUUAUUCAUUUUAUCAACACCGAAUCAUGAUUAUAAUGAAGCAUUCGGUAUGCCCUCCACCCAAUUCCGUCAUAGCGAUCACAAAUUUGAGUUCACGCGACAACAGUUCAAGUAUUGGUUGCAUACGAUCUUGGCUGAUUUUGGAGCGGAUUAUGACUACAGCGUCGAAUAUGUCGGGAAUGUCCCUCGGUUCACUCAUUUGGGAGGUGCCACUCAAUUUGCUGUCAUACGGCGGAAGCAUAGCGAAUUAAGCGUGGUCUUGCCGUGCAUUCCUUCGUCGCCGUACAAGAAGGUGGGUGAAGCCAUUGCAAAAAACUCGCUGUUUUCUUUGGAACGUGAAAAGCUAAAGCAAGCGUUCAUUCUAUGGUUGCAGCGGAAUCCUUUGCGGGAGGAAAACCUACUGAAGACCUACAUUGGCAGUUAUUGGCGAAUUCGCAUAUCGUCGAUCGUAGAUCUCAUAGAGCUACCACACCCGUUGAAGAAAAAGAUGAAUAGAAAAGUGAUUGCAGACAUACUCCGGUUUCUCUGUAAUGGCCGAGUCAUCUAUGAAACACAUAAUGAUGAAGCAUGUCUAGAUAUCCCGUUUAACGUCACGAAGGAUGAACUUAUUGGAAUAAUGAUCUCAAGAAGCUCCUAA